AAGAAAUCGCACAAGCAACGAUUGGCUUCUAUUUCACUGGAACACCUCGAGCCAAGUUGAGGCCGCAAUUUGCUGCAUUCCCUGCACGACACAUUCGCUCGGGGGAUCCCGAAUUCCUUUUAAGAUCUUGGUUUCUAUGGUCAGGAUCGAAAGUGUCCAGGAUGGUACUAGAGCAGUUCGACUGUGCGCCGUCGAUAUUGCCUUUGAAGAAUUAUAGUUGGAUUUUCAGGAAAGUUCUGUACAUCGCCAGCCCUCCAUUUACCGAUGGCUCUCCCAUGACAGGCGUGUACAUUCACCACUUAAAGCACUUGUGUGGUGGAGAUGACGCAAUGAAUUUUUUGCGAACAAUACGAGUCAGCUGGUGGCAAGUCUGUCUCUCGAACAAUCACCCCACAUCUCAAAACUCCUGCUGUGGAAAUCCUAAGCUAUCGGUGCUCAGAACUAAUCACUCAGGUUGCUCGGGUCAGGCUUUCACUACUGCGCAAGCUGUUUGCAGGAUUACUUGGUCACCGUUGUGGUUUCAAGAGCUUGAGUGGAGCACGCGGACUAUUGGACUGGGAAGGAUGGCAAUCGCUAGGUUAGCCGUAGCGUCGAUGCCUUCCGCAGAGCUUGUUCGAGUAAAUUGGUCUUCUUCUGCUUUGAGUGGAGAUGGCUCUAAUAGGCAGCUGUAUUAUCCGGUGCACAGAGUAUCAUCUGCUAGCUUGCCGCGACCGGCACAGCCUAGGGCGAUGGGGAACAAAAACGAUGGCAAAGGGUUGUUUGCACCGAUCGUAGUAAUAGCGAGAAACGCCAUAGGAAAGAAAGAGUUUAACCAACUUCGCGGCAAGGCUAUUGCAUUGCAUUCGCAGGUUAUUGGAGAGUUUUGCAAGACCAUAGGUGCAGAUUCUAAGCAAAAGCAAGGACUGAUCAGACUUGCGAAGAAGAACGGGGAGAAACUGGGAUUUCUGGCCUAAUUGGCACUGGGAAGAUUCCACGACCACCCACUAGGAUUAGGAUAAGACGAUUUUUUUAGAGGCUGUAAGCAAUUGGCAGUGCACGUAUCCCCAACUCUUUGUUUUUCCUCUUUCUCUAAGAAGGGUGUGUCUGGCCUGAGAAAAAAACUAUCGUGUAGCAGUUCCAUAUUACGCAACUGUCAGCAGCCCCCCACCAAACUGAGGCAGGACGUAUCUACGCUUAUCUGCCCGUCGUCGGAGAUGGGUACGAUAUGUAUCUUUGGAGGAGAGGUUUACUUGUUUGCCCUUAGAUUAGUUAACGCAGAUAUAAUUCCCCCCCUGAAGACCCGACCAUGGCUUCUCAUUUUGUUAACCACUUAGCUGUAAUCGAAUUUGUAUCAAAUCAACCCGAAGCGUUUGUCCUCUUGAUUUCACUCGAA